AUGAUGCGUUACGCCUAUCGUGCGUUACGGUAUCUUGCAGCUGUAGCUGGCGUCUCUUACUGGGCCAUCGGCUUUCCCCUGGCACACGGCGACGGCAACGCGUUCGUCGGCGUGAAGUACUGGUUUAGUUACGAUAUGCCGGGAGAUAUGUUCGCCUUCUGGUUCUUCCACUUCGUGUUUGCGGCCACCGCAGCGACAAUUGUGUCGGGAGCGGUCGCCGAGCGAUGUGAAUUCGUCGCCUACCUCAUCUAUAGCUUUCUGCUCACCGGUCUCAUAUACCCAAUAGUGACACAUUGGGCGUGGUCGGAACGUGGUUGGCUCUAUCAAGGAAUUAGCGAUUCCAACGGAGUUAAUGUCUCAUUCCAGGACUUUGCAGGUAGUGCAGUGGUACACAUACUCGGAGGCACGUGUGCAUUCGUCGGCGCUUGUUUCCUCGGACCGCGCGUGGGCAAGAUUGACAUUGACGGUCAUGUGCAACAGAUCAAAGGUCACUCCGUUCCACUUGCUGCGUUGGGCGGGUUCAUUCUGCUACUUGGUUUUCUGGCGUUCAACGGCGGGUCGCAGGCUAGUAUUUCGCAGCAAGGCGACGGUGAGGCAGUAGCAAUAUCAAUGAUGAACACGGUAAUCAGCGGAAGCUUCGGAGCGUUUACGGGUCUCGUCAUUAAUAAGAUUGGAUUUCUCGGUAAUCGUCAGUGGAGCCUGUUGAUCACACUGAACGCCGCUCUGACUGGCAUGGUGAGCGUAUGUGCCGGAUGCAACGUUUACUACCCGUGGGCUGCGGCUGUUGUCGGGGCUAUAGGUGGCGCGGCGUUCGUUUGCUGGAGUAACCUGAUCAGUAAGGUAUUCUUAGUCGACGACCCUCUGGAUGCUACGGCAGUUCACCUGGGUGGCGGAAUGUGGGGCAUAUUAGCAGCUCCGAUACUCUCUAGAGACACUGGCAUCGUAUUCCAAUGGAGCACACAUUCCUUCUACCAACUGGCAUGGAACAUCGUAGGUCUGCUCGCUAUCGCCGGCUGGACCGCCGUUUGGUCGAUAUUCAUGUUUGGUGGCCUGAAAUGUAUGGGAAUUCUACGAGUUUCACGGGAGAUCGAAUCGAAAGGAUUGGAUAUUCCGAAGCACGGCGAAGCAGCCUACCCCGUGGAGGCGUACGGACACGGCUGGGGAGAACGAGGAGAUGCUCUCAAAGCUCUUGCCGCAAAGUGUUUAAAAAAUAUGAAUAUGAAUUCCUUCAGUUUAGUUACUGGACCUAAGGCUUACAUCGAUCUACAAUCCAACUGCGAAAACCCAGAGGUGCAGAAGAGAAGAAAGAGCUUGGAUGAUCUAGACGACAUCUACGUUCCUGGCGGGUACUCAGCGGAGAACGGAGGUUCGGUUAACCUCGGCUACAUAUCGAAUAGCAGCGACCCCUACCGACGCAACAACACGCGCAUCAUUGAUGUCGAUGUCGACGAUGGCGAUACUCGUUUCUAGGAGGUGCCAGCAGCUUCGCGACAGAUUCCACGCUGCGGACGAAAAAGGAAAAGCUGACGUGCAUCGGCUAAUGUUCGAUUAAAUGAUUGAUUGAGAUUGGGGACGGCCUGCGUAAUACUUAGACCAUCUCCGUCUUAGAACCGCUGGUGAGGAUGGUGGCUUGACAUUGAAUCACGUCAUACAAUAUUAUGCGUUUUAUUGAUGGAGGUUAUAAGAUAUAGAUGGAAAUAUCAAUAUAUUAGUAAGGUGACGCUACUCGUCCACCACUAUAUCGUGUGUCGGCAGUAUAGGAUAAAGUGUGUUCAACCCCGAAGCAAUAUAUUGCGUUAUACAGUAGAGAUUUGAAUGUAGUAUAAGUGUGUACUCAUGUGCAGAAAUAUCUAACGUUUACAACGUUAGACUAAUAUACAUAAUAUAUAUAAUAUAUAUAUAUAUAUAUAUAUAUAUAUAUAUAUAUAUAUAUAUAUAUAUAUAUAUAUAUAUAAACUAAUAUAUAGCGUUUAUAAUCAGUCUCCCCGUAGCAGAAGUGUAUGAUGAAUCAUGUGUUUCUAUCGGUUCUUUCUAGAAGUAGGUAAUAUAAGAAACGAUAACUAAACCACCGCUUAUAAUCCACGAAAUGCACUGGAAUUGCGAACAUCUCAAAGACGUCGAGUUUAGUUUAAAAUUGUCGGUGUUUCUAAUUGUUGUUUCGUAUAUAUAUUUUUAGUAGUGCCUAUGAUCAGGUGCCAAGUAUUGUCUCGUGUGUCAUAUUCAUAUAUACAUAUACAUAUAUUCCUAGUUACUUUGUAGUAAUUCCUAGUAACGAUUGUAUUUCUAUUGCGCUUUUACGAAAUUCGAGUUGAGCUUGCUCCUUGAAAUUAACAAAAUAAACUGUGAAAAAUAAA